CAGCGACGACGUGGCACCAGGGAAGGCCGUGCGGACUGGAAAGGCAGAAGGUGGUGAAGCCGAAGUCAUGUCGGCCAAAGCAGCGGGCCCCGGGGGCUGGGAGGUGGUGAAGAAGGGCCGGCGACCUGGAGCAAGCGGCGGUGGACGAGGAGGCGGCGGCGGCGGUGAUCGCCGAGCGCUCGGAGAGGCGAACGGAGUGUGGAAAUACGACCUGAGCUCGCCAAUCCAGACCACGAGCAGUCUUUAUGAGCGUGGCUUUGUGAAAGUUGUGAAGGGACAGAAUAAAGAGCAAGUUCCUCCCCCUGCUGCGGAGCCUAAGAAGCCAGCAAACAAGAAGCAGCCAAAGAAGGUGGCAGCUGUCAACAGCCAAAACCAGAAGCAGGGCCCAUUCCGAAGCCUGGAGGAUGCACUGAGAGCUCUGGAUGUGGCAGCUCUGCAGAAGGAACUGGACAAGAGCCAGAGCGUGUUCACUGGAAACCCCUCUGUGUGGCUGAAGGACCUGGCCAGCUAUCUCAACUACAAGCUCCAAAGUCCCCGGAGCGAGCCCACCCUGAGCCAGUAUCCGCAUGAUUAUCCCUACAGCCUCGUGAGCCGAGAGCUGCGUGGGAUCAUCCGAGGGCUGCUGACCAAAGCUGCAGGGUCUCUGGAGCUCUUCUUCGAUCACUGUCUGUUCACCAUGCUGCAAGAGUUGGAUAAGACACCAGGGGAGUCGCUACAUGGAUACCGCAUCUGUAUUCAGGCCAUUCUGAAGGACAAGCCCAAGAUUGUCACUUCAGACCUGGGCAAGUUCCUAGAACUUCUGAGGUCCCACCAGAGCCGACCAGCAAAGUGCCUGACCAUCAUGUGGGCCUUAGGGCAAGCAGGUUUUGCUAACCUCACCGAGGGACUGAAAGUGUGGCUGGGGAUCAUGCUGCCUGUGCUGGGCAUCAAGUCUUUGUCUCCCUUUGCCAUCGCAUACCUGGACCGGCUGCUCCUGAUGCAUCCCAACCUCACCAAAGGCUUUGGCAUGAUUGGCCCCAAGGACUUCUUCCCACUCCUAGACUUUGCCUAUAUGCCCAACAACUCCCUAACCCCCAGCCUGCAGGAGCAGCUGUGCCAGCUCUUCCCCCGACUGAAGGUGCUGGCGUUUGGAGCAAAGCCAGAAUCUACCCUGCACACCUACUUCCCUUCGUUCCUGUCCAGAGCCACCCCUAACUGUCCUGCUGAAAUGAAGAAAGAGCUCCUGGGCAGCCUGACCCAGUGCCUGACUACGGACCCCCUCAGCACCAGCGUCUGGAGACAGCUGUACCCCAAGCACCUGUCACAGUCCAGCUUGCUGCUGGAACACUUGCUUAAGUCCUGGGAACGGAUUCCCAAGAAGGCUCGGAAGUCUUUGCAAGAGACCGUUCAGUCCUUCAGGCUUGCCAACCAGGAACUUCUAAAGAAGAGCAGUAGCAGCAACGAACAUGUUGUCAGCUGUGAUACAGCUUGCAAGGGCUUGUUGCAACAGGCACGGGGUCCUCGGCCACCCUGGACCCGGCUCUUCCUGUUGCUUCUGGUCUUUGCAAUAGGAUUCCUAUGCCAUGAUUUUCGGUCACACAGCUCCUUCCAGGCCUCCCUCACUGGCCGGUUGCUUCGAUCCUCUGGUUUCUUGCCUGUUGGCCAGCAAGUGUGUGCCAAGCUCUACUCCUCCAGCCUGCAAAGCUACAAUUGGCUGCAGGAAACAUUGCCAGUAUAUAGCUCCCACCUGAUUGCUGUGGUACAACCCGGUUUGCAACUGGCCUGGACAUACACCAAUGCCACAGUCAGCUUCCUUUCUGCCCACUGUGCCUCCUACCUUGCCUGUUUUGGUGACAGCUUCAGUGACUUCUUGCAGAGGGUCCAGCUCCCUGAGGCCCUGCGCCAGCUCUUCCACUCCUUGAAGGAGCUGCUGCUGCUCUUCCACCACAGUGUGCUGCUGCCCAUGUGGCACCUGCUGCUUGUGGCCCUGGCCCAAGCCCAGGAGUACUGCCAUGAAGCCUGCAGAGGAGAAGUGACCUGGGACUGCAUUAAGACACAGUUCAGUGAAGCUGCCCGAUGGAUAUGGCUCUGCCUACAGGAUGUCACAGUAGCUUUCUUGGACUGGGCACUCGCCAUGAUAUCCCAGCAAUAGACCCUGCUUGCCCGACCACUGGUUUCUGUCGUGGCAAGCUAUCAGAGACUUCUGGAGGGUAGAGAAGGCGGCUCUCUCUUCACCUGGUGCCUGAGUUCUGUCUCCUAGAUGAGGGGCCAGGUGCCUCUGCUUCACUUCUCCCAUCUUCAGGGCACUGGCCAGAGCUUCUCAGCCUCCCACUCACAGGUCUGCUAGGUGUCUCAGGCCCAGUUGCACAGCAGCUCCCGGCCUCCUUUGGGCUGGUAGCCUUGCUCUACAUCUCUCACCCCUCUCUGUUCCUCCAUCUCAUCACUUAAGCCCCCAUAACCCACCUCCGAAGAAGGGACAUAGCCUCCUUUCCUCAUUUCUAGUCAUAACUUAAGCCACAGCAGAAAAAGGGAAAGGACUUCAGAAGGGCCAGCACCGACACCUCCACCAGCAGCCUGGGUAGCCAUCAGUGGACGUGCAGGCCGCGUGGAAAUGCCUGUUACCUCAGAUCACCCAGAACAAGCAAGCCUUCUGAGGCCACUGGGGCCCUGAUCUGUCAGCAUCCUGGCUUCCCAGUGCUGUUCCCCUCAGUGCCGGAGUCUCUGUCACACCUCAGCCAGAGCUGCCCGCAACACCACCCACCUGGAGAGCAGCGCCCUUACCUCAGCCUGCCAAAGAGUCAGCGGAUGACUCCUGGGUAGAAUAAAGGACAGAGUGGAUUUCUA